CACGAUGGAGUUGUAAUCAAGAAACUUAGUCAUAAUGCAAGCAAGCGAGAUCGUCGAAAGAAGAUUAACAACUUGUAUUCCUCUCCUUUUUUACUCCCUCCGGAUGCUGAUCGAAUGGUAUCUACAAUAUCUAUUCAUCUGUCUCCCUACAUGUGUGAACUACAAAAAGAAGUGGAGAAUUUGGUUCAGAAGAAAGAAGAGUUAUUGUCGAGAUUGUCUAGGCAGAGAGAAUUGAAGAUCACGAGGACUAUCAUGUCGGGAAGAGAAGAAAAGCGGAGAGAAAUGAAACAAGUUCAUCAGCUGCAGUCAUAAUCAGUUCAGUUGGAGGCGAAGAAGUUGUAGUUCAGAUAUCUGCACUCAAAGAUGACAAGGGUUUACUAUCCGAGGCUCUAAAUAAACUAGAGCUUGAUGAUAAAAAUUAUCUUGAUAAAUGCCUCUUCUUUCCGAUCUAUGGGAGAUAG